CUCAAAUUUACAUCAAACAUACCGUUUUCUAUAUUAUUCAUUUUCAUCCACCACCUUUUCACGGUUCUUUCUUUUUGCUCUCCACCACUACACCGAUAUUAGUAUAUUACCAGGUUUUUCUUUCAUGGAUAAGAUGCAGUUGUCACCGGUGAGACAUGUCGAUAGGCAGAAAACAGAAAGGCCAAGGACCAAAAGGGUAUGGAAACUGAAGCUUAGUGUUACUUGGCAGCGUAUGAAGAAGGCCUUGAAAUCCACUCUCAAGCAUCGGCUUCAUCUCCAUCUUGCAUCAAACCUGAGCAAGCUUUCGACUCUUAAACUUAAUCAUCAUGAUAUGGCUAUCAUCAAGCCGAUUAAGCAUGUAACGAAAAAGAAAAAGACAAUUCGUCCCACGAUGCCAUUGGCACAACUCAUUCAAUUGCCCUACACCGCGGCCGAUUUCAUCGACCACGGUCAUGCAAUGACUCCCACCAAGUCCCCCAUCGAGAAUAUAUCCACACGAUGGCGUGAGCUUCAUGGUUUGCAUAAUUGGGAUGGCCUUAUUGAGCCUCUCCACCCUUGGCUAAGGCGAGAGGUUGUCAAGUACGGAGAAUUCGUCCAAGGAACGUAUGAUGCUUUCGACUUUGAUCCUUUAUCAGAGUUCUGUGGAAGCUGUAGAUACAAUAGGCACAAAUUGUUUGAAGAACUAGGCCUUACUAAACAUGGUUACAAGGUUACCAAGUACAUUUAUGCCAUGUCCCAUGUCGAUGUUCCUGAAUGGUUGGAGAGGACUUAUUGUACUUGGAGUAAGGAUUCCAACUGGAUGGGAUAUGUUGCAGUCAGCGGAGAUGCCGAAACUGCAAGGAUUGGGAGGAGAGAUAUCCUCGUGGCAUGGCGGGGCACGGUGGCUCCAACCGAGUGGUACACGGACCUCAAAACACGUCUGCAGCGUCUUGGGAAAACCAAUAUCAAGGUGCAAAGAGGGUUCCUCAGCAUCUACUCUUCCAAGGGCGACUUCUCAAGGUACAACAAGUUGAGUGCAUCGGAACAAGUCAAGGAAGAAAUCCAGAAGCUUGUUAGCUUUUUCAGAGACAGAGGUGAGGAAGUUAGCUUAACAAUUUGCGGUCAUAGCCUUGGAGGCGCAUUGGCACUCCUCAAUGCCUACGAUGCCGCAACGUACGUCCCCCAUCUCUUCAUCAACGUCAUCUCUUUCGGUGCACCAAGAGUUGGGAACAUACAUUUCAAGGAGAAGCUCAAGGAACUAGGAGUGAAGACACUAAGGGUUGUUGCCAAGCAAGACAUAGUCCCAAAGUUGCCAGGGUUCAUACUCAACACCAUUCUUAACAAGUUUACAGCGGUUACAGGAAGAUUGAAAUGGAUUUACCGGCAUGUUGGAACGCAGUUGAAGCUCGAUGUACUCAUGUCCCCAUACUUAACACGUGACCCGGAUUACACGGGGUCUCAUAAUUUGGAGACUUACCUCCAUCUGUUAGAUGGAUACAUUAGCAAGACAUCAAAGUUUCGCUGGAAUGCAAGAAGAGAUGUUGCCUUGGUUAACAAGUCAACUGACAUGUUGAUAAAGGAGUUGAAGAUCCCAGAGUUUUGGUAUCAAAGGCCAUUCAAGGGACUUGUGCUGAACCAAUAUGGCAGAUGGGUUAAACCAGGGAGACCAGUUGAACACAUCCCUUCUCCACGUAGCAUCGGAUCUGAUCACAACCCUUCACUUUAAAGAUUAAUUGUUGAUUCAGAAACAUGAACCCAAAGUCCAAUUUUGAGUGUGUUCUUUUAUCCCAUUUCUUCUGUUGAUAUAAGAGUCAUUUAUUUGUUGAACAUCUGAUCUGAAAAUGAGAUCUUUUAGCUCUCUUUUGUUGAA